UCAACCAGAAGUGCCUUUGUUGACAAAGUAAAAGGUGGCUUGGAACUAACGUGCUGACAAACGCCGGUGUCCGUGACAUACCCCGAAAAAUGACACACAACCGGCUCCCAGUCUACAGUCUGUCUUUCAGCUUUAGAGGAACUUGUUUACAUUUUAAACAUAAAUGCCCAGAAAACCUGGACAACCUUCCCAUCAACGGAAGCAGACCACUCCUGGAAAAAGACAUGUUCCUAGUACAUCAGGACUUGGCUCCCUUGCAUCUCCUUUACGGACCCCUCAUCAAACGCGUCGUUUAAGUGGUCCAGGCCCAUCCUCCGCCUCAUCUUCCCCAGGGCCAUCGAGGGUUGUCAAAAAGAAACACUAUCGUCCUGGAACCCGUGCUUUGAUGGAAAUCAGAAAAUAUCAGAAAUCAACUGAUCUACUGAUCCAGAAGUUACCCUUUUCAAGAGUGGUGCGAGAGGUGUGUAAGGAUCUCACACAAAUGGAUUUGAAAUGGCAGGCCCUGGCCCUUGCUGCUCUUCAAGAGGCAGCAGAGGCCUUUCUUGUCCGUCUCUUUCAGGAUUCGUACCUAUGUGCGAUACAUGCCAAGAGAGUUACCUUGUAUUCCAAAGACAUACAGCUGGCCCGCAGAAUACGUGGUCAAAGGGAUGACUUGACAUAAGCUAUAGAUGGAUAUUUCUUUCUAUUGCUUUUUUAUUUCCAAUAAUUUUAUACUUUGAUGUCAUAUGUAAAUAAAUGUGUUUUAAAAAUUGUAUAUA